AUGUCGAAACGAUCUCAUAGUCAUUCCAUGUCCUCUAACAUCUCUGCGCAUAUCGCGUAUGCAGCACCUUCCGCCAAGAAGGCUCGAUACAGUGAUGCCAACUUCUCGCCGACUAAGAUUGCGACUGCCGAAGCUGCAGAGAAGGUGGACAAAGACCCGCCUCUGUUUAAGUUGUUAGAUGCGGUCAGUCGUGGCGUCAAGAAGCCUGGAAAGGGUGAAUCUGUCGUAUACUGGAUGAGAAUGCAGGAUCUCAGAAUUAACGACAACAGGGCUCUUGCACUUGCUUCCGCGCAAGCCCAGAAGGACAACGUUCCACUCCUCACCCUCUUCGUCUUUAGUCCUCAGGAUUAUAUCGCACACGAUAGAAGCGCACGAAGAAUUGACUUUACCAUACGCAAUCUGCAGCAUAUCAAAUCUUCUCUCGAACAUUUGCAAAUCCCAUUAUAUACGACCACGCACUCCCCACGCACUGCUAUUCCUUCGCACAUCUUAUCUCUUCUGAAUGAGUGGAACGCGACGCAUCUGUUCGCCAAUAUCGAGUAUGAACUUGAUGAGCUCAGGCGAGACAUCAACGUCUGCGAGCUCGCAAAGAAGGGAGGCAAGGUUGCGUGUACGUUUGUGCACGAUAAGUGCAUUAUUCCUCCUGGCGACGUGAGGACCAAAGACGGGAGAGGAUAUACAGUGUACUCUCCAUUUUUGCGAGCAUGGUUACCUCAUCUCGCCUCCAAGUCUCACCCGGACCCUCUGGAAUGUGCCCCCAGUCCAGAAGCCAAUGGGAAAUCUAUCUAUCAGCACCCGGUGUUCGGAAAGCUCUUUAACGUGCCUGUGCCUGAGGAGAUAGAAGGGUUUACGAUAAAUGACAUCGUUGAGAAGGAGCGGAUUCGCACCUGUUGGGGCGCGGGUGAACUUGUCGCGAAAGAGAUGCUCAGUCGCUUCCUUCACUCUAAAGCGCGCACUUCUCAGCUUGGCGUGGUCGACCCACUGGCAGAUGGAGCUAAAGUGCCAGAAAAGAGUACGAAGAAUACCCGUAUUGGAAGGUAUAAGGAUGCGAGAGACAAAGCGGAUGCAGACACUACGAGUCGCUUGAGUCCGUACCUGGCUGCCGGUGUGAUAUCCGCGCGCGAGUGUAUACGAGCCACGCUAGAAAUUUCCGGGAACAAGGUCGAUGCAAGCCACGAGACCGGUGUUGGACGAUGGGUGCAAGAGAUUGCUUGGCGAGAUUUCUACACACAUGUCCUUGCCCUCUUUCCCCGUGUUUCUAUGGGCCGACCCUUUCAAGAGAAAUUCGCAGAAGUGCGGUGGGAAACGGAUGAACACUUGCAGGCAUGGAAGGAAGGACAUACGGGCGUGCCGAUAGUGGAUGCUGCAAUGCGCCAGGCCCAUACGAUGGGUUGGAUGCACAAUCGCGCGCGGAUGAUAGCGGCGAUGUUCUUGGUGAAGGAUUUGAUGAUAGACUGGAGACUCGGCGAGAGGCAUUUCAUGGAAGUGCUCAUCGAUGGUGACCUUGCGUCCAACAACGGCGGCUGGCAAUGGAGCGCGAGCACUGGUGUCGAUCCCGUACCCUACUUCAGGAUAUUCAAUCCUUACCUGCAAAGCAAGAAGAUAGAUCCCACUGGCGAUUACAUCCGCUACUUCGUGCCGGAGCUGGCUAAUGUGCGAGGAGACGACAUACACAAGCCAUCUGCUGCAUUGGCAGACAAGCUCGGAUAUCCGAGACCUCUUGUGAGCCACGAAGAGGCGAGGAAUCGUGCCCUCAGGAGAUACAAGAACCCUGGCACGGAGUGA